CCAGCUGUGGACACAGGUGAUGCAGGAUUUGAGAGAUGGAGUGAAACUGAAGAAGGUACAAGAACGCCAGUACAACCCUUUGCCUAUUGAAUAUGAGCUUACCCCAUAUGAGAUGCUAAUGGAUGACAUUCGAUCAAAGCGCUACACACUUAAGAAGGUUAUGGUUGAUGGGGAUAUACCUCCCAGGUUGAAAAAGAGUGCCCAUGAAGUAAUUCUGGAUUUUAUCCGAUCUCGACCACCCUUGAAUCCGGCAGCAGCAAGAAAACUGAAACCCACACCUCCUCAACCAAGAAGCCUCCACGAGAAGAUACUGGAAGAAAUAAAAUCAGAAAGGCGGCUAAGACCGGUCUCUCCAGAUGUUGUAAAACGCAAGAUGGUAAUCCGACCGCUUAGCAUGUCUUACAGUUUUGACUUAUCAGAUGUGGCCACUCCAGAUGGUGCUGAAAGAUCACCUGCCUCACCACUUAUUAAUGGAAAAAUAACACACCUAGUCUGUGCUACUGGUAGUGGUGGAAGAGAGGUGAAGAUCCAGAGAAAGAGACUCCUAAAAGCACCAACAUUGGCUGAGAUGGAGACCUCUGAGUCAGAGGAUGAAACUGAUCACAAAUCUCAGACAAGCCAGGAAACAUUCUCCUCCUCAGUCAAUGAUUCAUCACCAGUGGAUGCUGUUGGGGGUGCACGGAAAAAGCCUCCACUCUUCCUACCCAUGUCUUCUACACCUCAGCCAGAACGAAGGCAGCCACCUCAAAGAAGACACUCAAUAGAGAAGGAAACACCAACAAAUGUACGGCAGUUUCUACCCCCAUCAAGACAGAGCUCCAAGUCUCUUGAGCCUCUCAAGAUCAAGGAGAUACCCAAAAGGGAAGAGUUCUGUUACCCAGUGGAGUGUUUAGCUCUAACAGUUGAAGAAGUGAUGCACAUCCGCCAAGUUCUUGUCAAGGCAGAGUUGGAGAAGUACCAGCAAUAUAAAGAUGUCUACAAUGCACUUAAGAAAGGAAAGCUAUGUUUUUGCUGCCGGACCAAGAGAUUCUCCAUAUUUACAUGGUCAUAUACGUGCCAGUUCUGUAAAAGGCCUGUCUGUUCACAGUGUUGUAAAAAGAUGCGUUUGCCUUCCAAGCCAUAUUCCGCCCUCCCAGUCCUGUCUCUUGGACCAUCAGCCUUGCAGAGAGGUGAAAGUUUGCUGAAGCCAGGAAGGUCUUUAAGUGUGAGCAGUCAUCAUCGGCAGCUGAGUAUUCAGAAAAGCAUACCCAAACUUGGCUCAGGCUCAAAGUCAUUGGAUAAGCCAGAUGAAGAACUGCAGUUUCCAAAAGAACUAAUGGAGGACUGGAGCACAAUGGAGGUCUGUGUAGACUGCAGAAAAUUUGUUUCUGAUAUUAUUAAUUCCAGUCGACGAAGCCUCAUGGUUGCCAACAAAAAAGCAAGAUUAAAAAGGAAAACUCAGUCCUUUUACAUGUCAUCAUCAGGCACAUCUGAGUACCGCCCUUCAGAGAGAACUAUUAGUGAAAUUUAAGACUUGUACCAUUAAGUUUUCUUGAUUUCUCAAAAGGAGUCAAUAGAAACUAUAAGUUGCAGAACAGAAACAAUGGACUGUCCAAAAGGAAAAAAAAUGGCCUUGGUUAGUUUACAGUGUAUUUUUGGUGAAAGACGUGCUUAAGGCCAAAUGGAAACUUCAAAGUAAACCCACGGCUUAAAUCUGCUUGGUUUAAAUGAACUAUAAUUCAGGAUACUGUGUCAUACCAAAUUGUUCAGCACUUUGUUUUAUUAUGUAUAUAAAAAUAGCAAUGUCUUAACUGGGCUUCCUGAACUGCUAUACUACAACACAUGUAAAAGCAGGACGUGCUGUGUUUUGCCCAUCACUUAUUUUGCACAUGUCUUGCAAGGGUUGCAUAUUCUGCUUGUUGCAUACUAGCAUUGUCUUGAUGCAUCUUCAGAGCUAAUUUUAUGGCUUUGCUGCAUGGUACAGAGGCAACAAUAGUUUGGUAUUCCCAGUCACUUUUUUCUUAGAAAAAAUGCAGUUUGCAAUCAAAGCUUGAAAUAACAUUUUUAAAAUGGGGCUAGAGUUUAUAACAUGGAAGAAAAAAAACACCUAUAAAUGAUUGCUGUCCCAAUGAAUGCUUUGAAAAUGAAGGUGUGGUUCUAGGAAAGUUGCAGGUGGGGUGCCAUCAAAGUCUGUCCAAGAAGCAAGUUGGAAAUGCAUUUUUGUUCAUUUAUGUACUACAUAAGUGUAAAACAACAGAGUUGCUGAUGAGAUGCAGUUGCAUUGUGAGGCUUGUUUUGUAAUGAGCAAGUUGAUUCAUAGGAGCACUGUGUGAACAGCUUCAUUUAGUUCAUGAUCUUGCCCCCCCAUGUGAACAGCUUCAUUUAGUUAACAAUCCUGCCCCCCCCCCCAUCUUUCUGUGGUGUACAUUUGCAAAUUUGUUUUGUUUAGAGUCUGCCUCCUUGAAAAAAUGUAGUCUACCUCUGGUAAUGUUUAGUGAGGUCAUUGUCAGUUCCUGGCUGGAUGUUACCACAUGCUUAGUCUAAUUGUUACCCAGACUACACUGCUCUGUAAACUUUGGGAUACAUGGUGCUGCACACUGCCAUCCCCAGAAAGCUCUACUAGUCUAUGGUGAAUGCAACAGCAGAACUUGGUAUAAGAGUCUGGAAAUCAUUUGCCAGAGAGGCUGCCCUGAAUGUAUUAAUGAAAAAAAAAGUACUUUUCUAUCUGUAAACAGUACUCAUGUGAUGCAUUGAGGUGAUUAGUGUACUGAAUAGAAGUUUUGGUUAAUAAUGCAUUGCAUAAAUGGAACCUUUGUUUGCUCUUGCAAGAUCAGACUGAAUAGAAGCUGGCAGAGUAUAUGCUUAUCCAUCUCAGUCAGACUUACGUUUUAUGGCUUCUUAAGUUUGACAAUCACUGCAUCACAGACUCUGGAUGGAGGCAGUUUCCCUGUCUUUUCAGGUGCACAAGGCGUUUCUUUAGGAAAACAGCUGUGGAAUCUGCAAAAGAGACCAUUUCUGUUUGAUAAUAUUGCUUCUUGUAAUACAUAUGUACACAUUGUAAAAGAAAAGUUAGGCAGCAGUUCAGAAGAUUAAUAAAAGCUGUCAAUAGAUUCACACAGAAUGCGCUUUUUGUACAUUAGUAAGACUGAAGUUAUACCUUCUUAUCUGGAUGGGCAGUCUGAAAAAGUCCCACUUCAAACUUUAUCAGAUACAGACUGCAGAUCUAAGUAAAAGACACCUUGUGGAAAGAACUGGAUAGGUGGGUCCAAAUAAGUCAAGACCAAGGUGCUCAUUGUUAUUGCAGAAUCAUGUAGCACGGUUAAAUCCAUUUGUCCUACAGAAGUAAAGCAGGCACACAAAUAUUUGCAUUUUACAUGUUUAUCCGCCCUGCAAGACAACAUUCUGAAAUUCAAACAUCAGUGUUCUGAGUGUUACAUGAAAGGAUUAAUAACAAUAUAGUAAUGUAAAUGUAUAUUAAAGUAAUUUGUAUGUU